CCUGUUUUUGAAGGCACAGCAACAACGACGCGCUGUUUGCGAUAAAAAACCUAAAAUCACUAUUUCGCUUUAAAACUGUUAAUUAAUAGAACAUGGAAUCGCCGGCGGUGAACGAAGUUGCAGCCAGUUUGGUCGGUGGUGAAAAGCUGGAGGUGUUUCGCAAGCUGAACCUCCUGGAACAGCAUCGCGUGGAGAGCUACAAGAGUUGGCCCUUUCCGGAGACCGCAUCCUGCAGCAUUUCGAAGAUGGCCGAGGCGGGAUUCUAUUGGACGGGCACCAAGCGGGAAAACGACACCGCCACUUGCUUUGUGUGCGGAAAGACUCUGGAUGGCUGGGAACCCGAGGAUGAUCCGUGGAAGGAGCACGUGAAACAUGCACCACAAUGCGAGUUCGCGAAGCUAUCGUGUCCCGAAAGGAAUUUAACCGUAUCACAAUUUCUGGAAAUUCUUGGAACCGUCGUUAAAGGCAGCAUAGAGAAGACCUGCAAAGCCUUCAAAUCGAGCUUCGUUCGGGAGAACGAGAAGCGUCUAGAUGAGUUUACGCGCAAUCAAAAAUAGAGCGCUAAUUUUUAAACCUUAAAUAUACAUAUAUAAAACUCGCUAUUUAUCAAGAUUUUUAAUAAAACGCAAUGUUAGUACCAUCGAA